CUUCUGUGAUUUCUCCAUCGAAAAAGGAAUGUGAGAAAAAAUUGAGAACUUUCGUUAUAUUGAAAUUUUCAAAACUGUUUCCACGCCGACAUCAGCGCCAGUGGCGAUUCUCAAAGUAAUUUGGAUCGAGAGCCGCUCGUAGUUUUUCUCUCAAGAGUUUUCUGUGUUUUUUCUUUACACAAACGAUCUUUACGUGUGGAAAAUUGUUCAAAUGGAUAAACAAGAUCACAAUGAGCCAGUUGGGAGUGAGCUAAGUGGUGCCAUUGGCGUGAAUGAGAGCGUCUUACAGGAAGAAUCAACCAUUCGACCGCAGACGGAGCUUCUUGCUGUGGAAGUUUCCACUGUGAACCACUGGAAAAUAUUAAUAUAUGAGAUGAUAGCGGAAGAAGUGCAAGCUUUUGAGAGAGAUCUCAAGAAUUUUCAACUCUCUCAGAACAUCGACACGCAGAUCGAAUCUCAAGAGAUUUCUGGAAGCUGUUCAGAACAAUUGCAAGCGUUGAAGGACUGGAGUGUCCAGGAAAUGAGAGGCAUUGAAUCCCUUGCUGAGAGUGUGACGAAUCUCACUCUGUCUCUCAGCGAGGCAUUUGAUCUCAUCCUGCGGGCGAAGCGCGAUCGCAACGCUGCGGAACGCUUAGGCAUUGACCGUGUCAAGGAGGAAAUGAAGUGUAAGGUUCGGGAUAUGUUGACCAGAAACUUGCAAGACUUGGAAGACUUCGAAUUAGCAGUUGAUACAAGAUGGAAAUGGCAGAAAAUCGAGCAAGAAAUGAAGAAAGACGGAACAAAGCUCGAAAAUGUGAAUUUGGACAAUUCGUCCAUUGAAAACAUGUACAAGAGAAUCAAUAUUAUGCGUCCGAUUAUAAUGAACCAGAGGAAGAAGAUCAACGAACUCAAGAAGAUACUGAAAGUGAGAGUGACCCGAAAUUCCUCUGUUCAGGAGCUUGAUUUGUGGCCAGAUUUCGAUGCUUUGUUGUUAACAGAACCAUUCGAAUAUGAAACGAGACAAUUGAGUGCUUCAAAAAUGAACAAACUCUAUACAAUUCUCAAGGAUCGUCCAAUCCGACUUAUCCAUCCUGCGCGUCCCGACAGAAAGGACAUGAGUGACAUGUUGGUCCGAAAGGACAGGGAAAUUGAAGCGAAGGCAAAGAAUUUGCAGGCGAAAGCGCACAAAAGCGACAGGAAGAUUUUCUGUUUUGGCCCUAAAAUCACUGAAACUCCAGUCUCUUCCCAGGCUUUCAGCUUUUCCUUUGGCUCAAUUGAGCCUUGUAUGUUUAAUUUCGGAUCUUCAACGAAGUUCACAACGGCAACUGUUGGAGCAACAACAACUACAACUAGCGUUUCUUCGCUUCCGCAGCAUUUCAGCAGCUUUGCAAAGUUCGCAACAACUUCUGCGGGUUCCAGUUCUACAGCUACUUGGUCUAGUAAGAAUCCUUCAACGUCUGGAACUCGGAUUUCUGGUGCAUCAAACGAUGGAUAUGUGUUUAAUGAUCUAGAAAAGAAACCAAGAGUUGCGGACGUCGUCAAGAAGAAGAAAUCAAAGGCAAAAUCUUCAACACAACGAGAGAAUUUCGCAACAGAUGCUCGGAUUUAAUCCCUAUGUCAAUACAGGAAGAUGUGUAAGUAUAGAGAUUGGAAUUUUGAUGGAAAAUUGAACUUUGGAGUCUUGUUUUUCACCUUUUUCAUCAUCACUUGUUACAAUUAACUUCUGAAUUUAUUCAUUUGACAGCCAAAGGAAUCAGUUUAUGAACUUUGUUUAUCAAUAAACCAUGAAAAU